AUGCCUGCCCUACGACCACGACUUCGUCGGUCUGCACGUUUGCAGACCCUCUCCCAGUCUCAGAAAACCAACAUACCGCACUUCAAGGACUGCAGGAAGUCCAUGGAGCAGCCAGCUCCUGCCACUCGUGGAAAGGGAAGACGGGGAAAAGGAAGAGGGACCAAUACCACGCCCCAUGACUCAUCGCCAUCCAUUGUGAGUUGGCAGAUUGUCCCCUUGCGUACCAACAGGCUCAUCAACUUCCUCGUCGAGCAUCCGGCGGACUGCGCCAUCUUAUUCCCGGCUGAAAGCAAGAGAUCUACCGACCACGGCGCUGACUUGGGGUGUGCAUCGGGAAAGGACAAGGGGGAUAUUCAGGGUGUCAUCGCGCAGUUCGUCUUUCACGAUGACACUGUGUAUGCUCACUGGUAUGCCACCAACCCUGUUAAAUUCCGCGACUCAGUAGCAAAUCAUAUUGUGUAUCUGCGGACUAAAUUUCGUGAUAUUUGUGAUGAGUUUGAGGCUACAGGUGCGGGCAUUGUGCCCAUCGACUCUGAGACGUCUCAAAACUUACAUUGUAAAGUCAAGAAGGAAUUUCCUUGGUACAAUGACCUUUACAGGAUAUGGGGCUCCAACCCCUCGUUCUCCGCCAAGAGGAGCUCAUCGAAACCGGGCAUUGACCAUGCGGGGGACCUGUUCGCACUGACCUGUUCUGCAAGAAGCUCGCAGAACAGCGUGCAUGCCCCUCCACAAACCAACAUCUCUGCCCCUGACACCAGCUCCCCACAAUUUGACUAUGUGGCCCCUCCCCCAGGUGUUUGUGCACCGCAAUACAGGCCCAUGGGUGAGGGCGCUGGUCCCCAACAAAUGGACCACGCCCCCCCUCCCCCCCAAGUGCCUAUCCCCCCCCAAGUGCACAUCCCCCCCCAAGCGCACACAGCGACAGCUCCCCCAUGCAUUUGGACUAUGUCCCUCUUCCCCCAAGCACUUCAGCUGCUUCAGCUGCUGGCACUGCUGGCUCUCCCCCCCCAUUCAACUAUUCCCUCCCUUCUCAAUAUGCUCAGGGAGCUGGCGCCAGCACCAGCUCCAGCUCCCAACAAUGGAACUUUCAUCACACUCCCGCAAACAAUUGUGCAGCCAGCACCGCUGGCUCCCCCCUCCAACAUGGCUACACACCACUUCCCCCCAGCAGCCAGUCAUUUGUCUGCGACAAUUAUUCUCCCGCCCCCUUGGAUCCUACAAAUCACCAAAACAAUGACCCACCCUAUGAUGCUGGCCCCCUCGCUAAUGAACAAGUGCUUGAUGGUCAAGCUGAACGCCAAUCGCCAAGAUAAAGAACACCUUUUCUUACACGAAGAGCACGCCCAUGAGCGCUCAGACACCACUCUUAUCCAUCAACGCCUGCAGGAGAGCAAGGCCCAGGAAAUUCGUUUGUGGGAAGUGGAUGCAAAGGCCUUUGAGUUGGAGAGGGAGGUGAUGCUCCUGCGCAUUGAAUAUGCCAAGCUCAACCGGGGGUAG